AUGCCCAAUAUCAUGGCACAAAUUUAUGGUGCAGGGUGGUGUGAUGGCCUAAUGCUUAAAGACUAUCUUGACCUCCAUUGUCCUUCCUCUCAAUGUAUUUCUAUGCAGUGGACCAUUAGGGAUUCAAAAAUUAUAAAUUUGCCUAUUCCAUUACUUGUUGAAGGGGAUGUUAUUUUGUUGAGGCCUGGACAAAUUAUACCUGCUAAAACACAACCUUUAAAGAGUUAUGCAGACGAUUUAGAAAUACCAAAAGAAUUCAUUAAAGAUGAGCAUUACACACCUUCUCACGGAUGCUCCAAUAUUGAUGAACUUAAUAAAGUUUUAACAUGUUUGCCUUUAAAACCGGAACCUUACAUAAUGCAAGAAACACCAUUUCUUGAACUCUUUAGGCAAUACCUCAACAGAAGUUAUGACAAAUCAAACUAUAGAAUGGACAAAAAGUGGUUGAACAUUUAUGUACUACUCUUAAGAAAAGUUUUUCUUGUCCUUUUGAUUAUAAUGAUACUUAUUAAUUGUUUGCGAUACAAGUUUUAUUCCAACUUGGUAUCAGACGUUUAUGACAUGGUCAUUUUUUUACAGGACAUGGGUUUAAUUGAAGUUUAG